AUGGAGCCUGAUACCCAGAAAAAGAAGGCAGAUAGGAAGGUUGUCAUUUUAGGAGACUCGGGUGUUGGUAAAACAUGCCUCAUACGAAGAUAUAUAGAAGGAAUUUUCACUGAUGGUUCACCAAAUACAAUUGGUGCUGCGUUCUUUCUAAAACAAUGGAACAGCAAAAACAUUGCAUUAUGGGACACAGCUGGUCAAGAAGAAUUUUCAGGGUUGACUAGUUUCUAUUGUCGUAAUGCGAACGCUGUUAUACUUUGUUACGAUCUAACGUGUCGAGAAACUUUCGAUACACUAAUGGAGCGUCAUUCACGUCUGCUCGAAUCUGUCGCGCGAAAUUGUUUAAUGGUAUUUGUGGGGACUAAAUUUGACAUGUUGAAUAAGAAAGUGAGUGGUAAAUUGCAGACUCGUGGCGUCACACCUAAAGAAAUCCUGGACAAAUCUUCGGAAUACACGCAAAGAUUCAAUUCGUUGCGUCAUCCGAAGGGAAUUCCCCCUGUGUUCGAAACUAGUUCUAAAUCGGAUUACAACGUGUCUGACGUGUUUGAAUAUAUUUUUGAAACGUUAGCACCGGUGGAGGGUGCAAAUAAGUCGAGAGAUACUUCACCUUCGGGUCUGAUCGAAUUAAACAAUGAGCGCAGCAGUAAUCAAGAACCGAGACGAAAAUUAGUUCUUGCGAUAAUUUUUGGAAAAGUCGACAUUGCGGAAUUUGCGCAAAUUAAUUUUUUUCUAAAAGAUUUUUUGCGAAAAUUUAUUUCCCUAACUAAAUUCGUGAAAUUAUAUACUCGAAAUGGCCUUGAGCAUAACAUUCGCAAAAAUUACAAAAUGGAGGGAACAUUUUCACUUCAGAAGAAUUUUCUUCACACAUCAAAAAAAUUUUCAAUAAUGCGAAAAAAUAAGUUGCUUUUUUCUGUUUAUGUAGAACCUUUGGUUGAGUACAGACGAUUAGAAAAAACCGAUAUAGUAAAAAUUCUCUUUUCAUUUAAAGUGAAAAGAAUUUUCUCACCUAUGUUUACGCUUUUCAAAACUGUCUUGCGUGGAGCUUAUGCUUGCGUCAAAGUCAGACAAUUCAAUGUAUAG